GAAGCUCUCGCGAGACGUCAGUUGCGUGUCACCGGUCACGUGUGUGUGUUUGUAUCCGUGCGUACAGUUAUCAGUUUGGUCAUAGAUUCUCAAAAUGGACUCACAUUGUGCAGAACAAGCGUCACCACACUAAAGAUGCGGAGCGGCGAUGACUCGGCGUUAAUCUGCCUCCACCGGGUCAAAGUGACAUGCGGACUGCCAGUAGCGCAACAGUGACCGGCGGCCCGUGACUGCGCGCAGCGAAGUUCCCCUGCUCCGCGGCGCCGAGCUCCGCCACCGCGAGGAUGUUCCCCAGCCUGGCCCACCGACCGUGGCCCGUCCUCCGCAGGGUCUCCCUGCAGCACCGGGCGUCCCUGUCGCAGCGGUGCCCGAGGUUCCCCCAGCUGUGCUACGGUUGGCAGAGCGGAGGCGUACACAGCCUGUGGUUCAGCCUUCCAGACUGCCGAGUUGCUUCUCUGGGCCUGGGCAAGGUGCAGUACUACUCCUCCUCUGGCAACAGUGAGGACGGUCCUCCGAAGUCGGCAUCAGGUGAUGCUCCAGAAGCAGAGAAGACCUCACCCGCUGCUGCGAAAGCCCCCCCACCCCCAUUAGGUUUCACACAACAGGGCCUGACUAAAGCUGAGACAAUUCAAGUGAAAGUACGGGCAGUGUUGAAAAAAAGGGAAUAUGGAGCCAAGUACACUCAGAACAACUUUAUCACAGCAGUCAGAGCCAUGAACGAGUUCUGCCUCAAACCAAGCGAUCUGGAACAACUUCGCAAGAUCAGAAGACGGAGCCCCCACGACGAUACAGAGGCUUUUACCGUGUUUUUGCGGUCAGAUGUCGAGGCCAAAGCACUAGACGUGUGGGGAAGCCAUGAAGCUCUAGCCCGAGAGAGAAAUCUCAGGAAGGAGGUGGAGAGGGAGUACCAAGAGAAUAUUUUUCGAAAUCAGCAGCUGUUGAAAGAAUACAAAGACUUCUGGGGAAACACAAAGCCUCGAUCAGGCAAGAGGACGACAUUUCUGCAGGGGCCAGGGAAGGUGGUCAUGGUGGCUAUUUGCAUCAACGGGCUGAACUUCUUCUUCAAGCUCCUGGCCUGGGUCUACACCGGAUCGGCCAGCAUGUUCUCCGAGGCCAUCCACUCUCUGGCCGACACCUGCAACCAGGGUCUGCUCGCCCUGGGAAUCAGCCAGUCGAUCCGCAACCCGGACGCCGGCCAUCCGUAUGGAUUCUCCAACAUGCGCUACAUCGCCUCCCUCAUCAGUGGAGUGGGCAUCUUCAUGAUGGGAUCAGGCCUCUCCUGGUACCAUGGUAUCAUGGGUUUGCUGCACCCGGAGCCCAUUGAAUCAUUGUUGUGGGCCUACUGUAUUUUGGCGGGCUCUCUGGUGUCGGAAGGAGCCACGUUACUAGUAGCCAUCAACGAGAUUAAGAAGAGCGCCCACCACCACGAAGUGUCUUUCUAUGAAUAUGUGAUGCAGAGUCGAGACCCCAGUACGAACGUGGUGCUGCUGGAGGACGCCGCUGCUGUGAUAGGAGUCAUCAUUGCUGCUAGCUCCAUGGGGCUCACCUCGCUCACAGGCAACCCGUGCUAUGACAGUUUGGGCUCCAUCGGCGUGGGCACACUGCUGGGCGCCGUCUCGGCCUUCCUCAUCUACACCAACACCGAGGCGCUGCUUGGACGCUCCAUACAGCCUGAACGUGUACAGAAGCUUACAGAGUUCCUGGAGAACGACCCCGCUGUAAGGGCCAUCCACGACGUGAAGGCCACGGACUUGGGGCUGAGUAAAGUGCGCUUCAAGGCUGAGGUCGACUUCGACGGCCGAGUGGUGACACGGUCGUAUCUGGAAAAACAAGACAUUGACCAAAUCCUUUAUGAGAUUCAGCAGGUGAAGACCCCUGAGGAGCUGGAGAACUUCAUGCUGAAACACGGGGAGAACAUCAUCGACACCCUGGGAGCUGAAGUGGACCGCUUGGAGAAGGAACUCAAGCAACGUAACCCGGAGGUUCGUCACGUCGACUUGGAGAUACUAUAAUAUACCCUGGUGUCUGCGGAGGGAAAGUCCUGCUGUAUCGAGGGAGAGAAGACGACGAAGAGGAGGAGCGAGCCCACCUCCACAGACCGCCUCCCAUUCUGACCAACUCAAAACAAGCAUCCGUCUCUGCACAAGUCAUCCAGUCAUCAAGUCUUACCGUAGAAUAGUCCAGAACCGCACUCGAGGACAGUGUCUGAGCAACGUUCUGACUUUCUUUGUGUUAAUUUAGAGCGAUACCAAGAGUUCAAGCUGCCAGAGAUUCACUCUGGCUAAAGACUAUGGAUGGUCAUUAGUUAGAAUAAUUUAAAUCUGUGUUGCAGUUGACACAGAUACAACAGUUUUUUCUCGUAGUCGUUUACUUGAAGUCACAUUCCUCCAUGAAUGUGUCUGGAUUUGCUUGGAAUCAUCGUCUCCUUCAGAAAUCAUAAUCACAAACAGGACCAGUAACACUUCAUAGACUUGUACUUAACUUUGCUGUUCUGCUUGAACCACAGUGAUAAUAAUGUUUCCUUCAUUAGUACAAGGAAACCUGAAAGCUACAUAAUGGAGUUAGAUUUAUUUAAUUGCUAUAAUAUUAGAUUAUUAUUAUUAUUUUUUUGGUUCUUUUUAAUGUCAAGGCAGAGGAGCUAGAGAUGGCACAGUGCUGCUGCAGGUUCUCUAAUAAAGACAGAAGUUGUGCUGGAUAGAUUUUAUUGCCAUUGCAGAAAAUGUAUGCAAAAGUAAAAGUUGUUGAGACUAUUCAUUUGUGUUGAAUGGUAGAGCUGAGGACCGAACUGAUGUUUUAAUGCAAUGGCACCCAAACACAAAAAGCGCUUAGGAAACAGGGUGUCACGUCCCUGUGAUAUUACGAAGACAUGUUUAAAAGUUUUGACUAACAAACACAUUAAUUAACCAUGUUUAUCUUGGCAGAAGGUCAAACGAUUAGUGUGGACAUGAAAUGUCUUCCUUCUCUAUGCUCUCCAAUGCUCUGAACUUAGAUGUUCUCCCAAAAUUUUGAGGUUCGGUUACUUCGUCUUUGCGAGGUUGUGGCCACUGAUCAGCAGAUGACGGAUUAUAUUUUUUGAAUUGAUGAAGUAGUGGAGGAUGCACCUAGAUCCACUUGGUGUUAAUAGGCAGCAGAUGAUGACAAAAUCAAACGGACCAGCUCUGUAGCAAACUGGUUUAAAUCAAGUCCCAACAUUAAAAUAACGUUUUUAACUGUUUGUCAACCUGAACAGUUCAUGUACCAGAGGAGGUAAUCUUCCAGUUUCUGAUGUUAAAAUCACACACUGACUGUAUGUGUGUGUUUGCAGCUCAGUCACAUCUGCAGCACAACGCACACACACCUGCCUGUCAAACAUCUGGCUCGGCUCCAGGAGUUUGGCCCCGGUCUUUUCAACACGAUUGGGAGGGCGGGACAUAUAUUUUCUGAAGGUUUUCAAAUGAUUUAAUAUUUACCUUUUGCUUACGGUGAUAUUGCUACUGCUGAAGGAGCUGGAAUAAAUUUGAAGUAAUUUAUUAAAUUAUUUUUUUCGCUUUC